AUGGCUUCUAAUUCAAACUGUGGUGCUCUUACAACACGCAGCAUGACUAACAUAUGGCUGAUUGGACAGUUACAAAGUGAACUUCCAGUAAAUGUAUUGCCUACAACAGGUGAUGUCCUGAGAAUGUUUUUUUAUUAUCAUCAAGUAGAAAAGAAAACUGUGCCUGAAAGUGCAAAACUGUCGUCAGAUAAGGUCAUGGACAUGUGGAACAAGGCUAGAAUACCAACAACCUACCAUACUCAUGUUGUAGAAAAAGUAAAGUCGGUAGUUGAUGACUACAAGCUAAUAAAAAAGAACAAAAACAGACAAAGUGAAGCACAACGAGCACGAGAGAAGGAAUUUGAAGAAAAGGAGCACAUGCUGUUUGAUAUUGCUCACCAACACGCCAUGCAGCUCAUCCGAAUUCAGGAAGAUAUAGAAUUUCUUGAAGACCAGAGGAGCAGUCGACGAAUGCAAAUGAGUGGCAUUGAUAAAGACCUGACCAAGAAAGAAGAGCGCACAGAACAACGUAAAUGCAAAGAAGAAGAGAGAAAAGAGCGAGAGCAGGAGCGGAUGACAGAAAGUACCUCACUACAUUUAUCUAGUUCUGAUGACAGUGAUAGUGAACAGCAGGACACCGAGGACAACUAUGAAAUUGAAAUUCCAGUGUACUACAAAAAGCAGAUCAGUGAAGUAGAAGACAGUCUGUCAAGCAGUGCCAGCAAAAAAACACAAACUGUGCAGGAUAUGUUGUCGUCGCCAGAUGUUGCUUCAGCGCUGGAUAGAAUAAACCUAACUGAUAGACUGGCUGUUGUUGUGACUGGCUGUAAUGUGGAGAAAAUCUUAGGAAUUGUUAAAAUUGCAUCAAGCACGGGACAAGCACAGGCCAAUGCAACUUUUCAGUUGCUCAAAUUAUGGGACGUUAGUGAAGACAUUAUAGGCAUGUGCUUUGAUACUACUGCUGCCAAUACUGGGACGUCAAGUGGAGCAUUUCUGUUUGGUCCAAGCCGUGGCCCCAACAUUGGAAUGUUUGAAAGAUUUCGAGCCUACUGGCCAAAUAUAAAUCAGUCAAACCACAAGCCACUUGAUGAUGACAGGAUGAACCACUCAUUGCUACAGAUGAUGCGGUCUGACAUAGUACCAUCUUUGACAUGUUUUCUUUCAGCUGACAGCUCAUACAUCCCACGAGAGGAUUACAAGGAGUUGGUUGAACUCUGUCUCUUAGUGCUGGGUUAUCCAAUGCAGACUGAUGGCAAGUACCAUUUCCGUGUUCCUGGAGCAUAUCACAUGGCCAGAUGGAUGGCCAAAGUGAUCUACUGUCUCAAAAUGUAUUUGUUCUGCAAUGAAUUCAAGCUAACAGCAACUGAAACAAAAAGUUUUACUGAAUUCUGCCUAUUUGCAACCCAUAUAUAUGUGCCAGCAUGGAUGUUGUGCCCAAUACCCAGUGAUGCACCAUUGAAGAAUCAUCUGUGGUAUCUCGGUACAGAAAUGGUUUGGCUGUCAUUGUUCUCAAAUAAGGUUGCAAAUGCUGAGAAGCAGUUGAUUGUGGAAGCAAUGACUGCAGUAGAUUCUGACUGGAGUGUGCGAGGUGUCAAAUAUCCUGCAACUGAACUGGAACAGGUGAAAAGCAAACCACUGCAUGAUCUGGUACCAGGUACAUCUCGUGCUGCAUUGUUAUCACUUGGAAUGGAUGUUGCUAUCUUGCGUGAAACUGAACCAGACUCAUGGAAUGAUCUUUCUUUAUUUCAAAAAGUAGCAAAUGUUGUGAAGUCACUUAAGGUCGUUAAUGACACUGCAGAACGCACUGUGGCACUCAUGACAAAUUUUAACCAGUCUAUAACCAAAAAUGAAACAGAACUGCAAAAACUGAUACAGGUGGUGGAGGACAAUCGAACACGUAUUCCGGACCUCACUAAGCGCACAUUAGCCAGUGCUCAAGCAGCUGCUGCUAUGUUUUGA